ACCUAUACAACAUUAAACAAAAUCCUUGAAAUAUAUUGCGAGAAAUACUAUACUUAGGUCAUUUGCCAAGAAAGAUAUAGCUUGUGGUGUUUUUGGCAUUAUUUCUUCCUUUUCAUUUUAAUCAUACGUGCAUGGAUAGUUUGUUUAUUGUAUCCCUUGAAGGAUCAGAAUAUUACUAUUAUUGAUUUUGUCUAAAGUAACCGAGCUAUAAUGAUUAAAUUCGCGGUCUUUUUAAUUAAAAAAGCGAGAAGAAUUCCGAUAUUACUUUCAUUUCUACUAAUAUAGAGGUUUCAAUUUCAUAUAUUUAAAGCAAUCUUACAUACAACAACAUGUCAGUCUCGGAUGAAUUUGCGCUCCAUUUCUUGCCAACCUAUUUUGUCAGUUUUAUCGGGAUUCUUUCGAAUACAAUGUUGUUGGUUGCCCUCGUGAAAGAUCCCUUGAAAUGCUUCAGAAAUUCAGCAACAUAUCUUAUAGGAAACCUUGCGCUAUCAGAUUUGAUCUACAACUGUGUGAUUACUCCAAGAAAAGCCUUCGAAUUUUUUGUCGUCUUACAAUUUUUAUCUUUAUAUUCGUCAAUGGGGACAAUAUUUUCGAUUGCAAUCGAUAGAUAUCACAUGGUCUGCCUUCCAUUUAAACAUCGUUCCGUCAUGAACGGUCGCAAGAUGGCUUUCUGGAUCGGAAUAGUUUGGCUCCUGAGUUCAGUGCAUCCGUUAAAGAGAAUUGUUGUACGAAGCGAGAGCGAUUUCUUAGCUCAACCAAUAAUCACUUUUACUUUUAUCUUACUGUCCGCCAUAUUGUACGGCAAGACGUAUUAUACACUAAAGACGCAAGCAAGGGCCAUUCUAGGUAAAAAGUCGACAUUCUUUCCGCGACAAAGUGAUUUUGAAACCAAUAAGAGUAUUUCAAAAGAUGCAGAGAAUUGUAUCAACCAGGCUGGGCAGUUUAAAAAUGAAAGCUCAAGUGAAAAUUCGCAUUCGUUUGCCAGUGCAGGCUACGGUGAAUUUAAGAAUUCGCGUGCUGGGAAUGAAAUUUAUCGUGCUGGUAAUCUGCAUGGGCGUGCUCAAAGCGAAAACGAACGUGCCCACAGUGCGGGUGAAUUUGCUGUGAAAAAAUACGAUAUUUCUGAAGAUCAAAAUAAACGUGAUGAAAGUAAUUCUAAACGUGCUCAUAGUUGUGAUCAAAGUGCGAAAAGCCAUUAUGAACGUGCUGAAGAUCACAGUGAAUGUGAUCAAAACCAAGAUGAACGUGCUCACGAGGUACGUGUGCAAACUCGAGGCGAACGUAUUCGGAAUCUGGUUAAUCGUGAUAAACGUGAUGUAAUUCACAAAGAACGUGAUCAAAACCAAGAUGAACGUGCUCACGAUGAACGUGUCCAAACUCAAGACGAACGUGUUCAAAAUCAGAUUAAUCGUGCUCGAAAUGAGAACGAUAAUUGUGAUAAUCUUACCAGAGACAUUACUGGCAUCACACAGAACUCCUCAUCACAAAAUCUCCCCACCAAAAGGCGCCAAUAUUCCCAAACCAUCAACAAUGCUAAAGAACAAAAGUUUCUAAACACGAUAAUCAUAAUUACAUUUCUAGCCGUCAUCACUGUCGUACCUGGCUCGAUAUUCUAUCAAUUUUGGCAUAAAUAUGCACACGACAAUAGGAAUGGGCCUGGAAUUGUAAAGGCCGUCGUAGAGACGUUAUUUUGCUUUAAUUUUGCGCUCAAUCCUUUCAUAUAUUGUUGGCGCUUGGAGCGAUAUAGGAGAACGUUUAAGAUAUUGCUCAAAUGUAAAUCCUAGUUAUAUAUUGAAUGUUCGUAUUGAGGGUGUGUGUUAAGCUUAUGGUCCAGUUAGGUUCAGGCGACAUUUAGCUCAGUGCGCAGAAUACCCAUCAGAAAGACAACUCCGUUGUUUUUUGCGUAAAUGUGAUUUGUCAUGACUAGUCAUGAUUUGUCACUCAGCAAGUACCGUAAUCACACCCCCCUGUCAAUGUUUAAAAUGGCCCAAUAUUCAUAUAUUGGCAGGGGGGUGAUUGCCUCUAUUUACGGUACUUGCUGAGUGACGAAUCAUGACGAAUCACACGUACGCAAAAACAAUGGAGCUGUCCUUCUGAUAGGUGUUCUGAGAUUCGAGGGAGUGCAGAAGUUAUUUCAACCCAUUGCUGUGGGACAUAUAGUCGUUUUUUUCUUGUUGAACUUCGUAACAACAGUUAAUGAUUCCUAAAAUCGCAGUCUAAGCUAUUUUAGGUACUCUAUUUACAUCCAUGUUUAUCUGAAACUGCAGAUAUGAACAGAAAAUCGAAGCAUCGAUGUAAUUGACCUCGCUGUGACAAUUAAAGUGCCUAUACCAUGGUUGCGAAUUUUGAAUAUAUCAAUACAUUUUGGUAUCGAAAAAUUUUGUCUUAAUGGAUUUAUUAGGCUUUAAAUUUACCGAACAUGACGUCAAAUCAGGAGUUUCCUGCAACUUAAAAAAAAGAAAUCUGAUUUGCAAUUCCCGAUUUGAUGUCAUGUAUAAAGGCUAGUAAAUCUAUGAAGACAAGAUUUUUCAAUGACAAAAUGUAUUGCAAAGUUUUUAAAAAUACCUUAAACUUUUGAUAUGUUCAAAAUCCGCACCAUGAUAUAAGCAUUUCGCUAGCAAUCUCGCCAGCUGGGAUUUGUGAAUAAAUAUCACUUUCCUGUCUGUAAAAAUAUAUUUUCUUGAAGAUCAUUUCUUUAGCACCUCUACCCAAAAAUUCGAGUUAAAUUUUAGCGGCCGGUUGUAUAAAACGGUAGUUCACCUUUAACUAUAGUUAGUGACAGAAUUAGCAAAUCAGAAUCGUGUAUUUUAGAGGUAACUAUGAUUUACCUACUCAAAAUCUAGUAUGAAAGUUUUAUACAACCGUCCCAGGUUAAUAUAACAAAUUCUUCCCGUGUCUUCCAUGUGAAGUAUAAAAUCCACUAUGAAUUUCGUAUCGUUUAAGACCCCUUUUACACUUGCGAUUUUUGCUGCGAU